AUGCUGGCCUCAGGACUCCUUCUGGUGGCCUCAGUGGCCUUUCUCAGUGUCCUGGUCUUGAUGUCUGUCUGGAAGCAGAGGAAGCUCUCAGGGAAGCUGCCUCCUGGACCCACCCCAUUGCCCUUCAUCGGGAACUACCUCCAGCUGAACACAGAGAAAAUGUACAGCUCUCUCAUGAAGAUCAGCCAACGUUACGGUCCUGUUUUCACCAUCCACCUGGGACCUCGCCGAGUUGUGGUGCUGUGCGGACAGGAGGCAGUCAAGGAGGCUCUGGUGGACCAAGCUGAGGAAUUCAGUGGGCGGGGCGAGCAGGCCACCUUCGACUGGCUUUUCAAAGGCUAUGGCGUAGCCUUCAGCAGCGGGGAGCGAGCCAAACAGCUAAGGCGCUUCUCCAUCGCCACGCUGCGGGACUUCGGCGUGGGCAAGCGUGGCAUCGAGGAGCGUAUCCAAGAGGAGGCGGGCUUUCUCAUCGAGUCAUUUCGAAAGACGAACGGUGCCCUCAUUGACCCCACCUUCUAUCUGAGCCGGACAGUCUCCAAUGUCAUUAGCUCAAUAGUCUUCGGGGACCGCUUCGACUAUGAGGACAAAGAGUUCCUGUCACUGCUUCGAAUGAUGCUGGGAAGCUUCCAGUUCACAGCUACCUCCAUGGGGCAGCUCUAUGAGAUGUUCUCUUCUGUGAUGAAACACCUGCCAGGCCCCCAGCAACAGGCCUUUAAGGAGCUGCAGGGGCUGGAGGACUUCAUAACCAAGAAAGUGGAACAGAAUCAGCGCACGCUGGAUCCCAAUUCCCCAAGGGACUUCAUCGACUCUUUCCUCAUCCGAAUGCUGGAGGAAAAGAAGAACCCCAAUACUGAGUUCUACAUGAAGAACUUGGUGCUGACUACACUAAAUCUCUUCUUUGCCGGCACAGAGACCGUCAGCACCACCCUGCGUUAUGGCUUUCUGUUGCUCAUGAAGCACCCGGAUAUUGAGGCCAAGGUCCACGAGGAGAUUGACCGGGUGAUUGGCAGGAACCGGCAGGCGAAGUAUGAGGACCGAAUGAAGAUGCCCUACACAGAGGCUGUGAUCCACGAGAUCCAGAGAUUUGCAGACAUGAUCCCCAUGGGCCUGGCUCGCAGGGUCACCAAGGACACCAAGUUCCGAGAGUUCCUCCUUCCCAAGGGUACUGAAGUAUUUCCUAUGCUGGGCUCUGUACUGAAAGACCCUAAGUUCUUCUCCAACCCCAACGACUUCAACCCAAAGCACUUCCUAGAUGACAAUGGACAGUUUAAGAAGAGUGAUGCUUUUGUGCCCUUUUCCAUUGGAAAACGGUAUUGUUUCGGAGAAGGACUGGCAAGGAUGGAACUCUUUCUCUUCCUCACAAACAUCAUGCAGAACUUCCGCUUCAAAUCCCCACAGGCACCCCAGGACAUCGAUGUGUCUCCUAAACUCGUGGGCUUUGCCACAAUCCCACCAAACUACACUAUGAGUUUCUUGUCCCGUUGAGCCAGCAUUGCGUGAGAGUAAAGGGAAGAAUGGGGUUGAAACUUAGAAAGGGUCGGAUGUACUGAAGAAACAGAGGAAACAGAAUAGACCUGAUGAAGAUACAUAUUUCAAAGGUAGAGCCAGAGAAGGGGGAAAUAUCUACUAUGCUGUGAAUAGGAAUAAUAAAAUAAUAAAAGUAGAUAUUAUUUAUGGCA